UUCAAUGACUAUUGAAAAAUUAUUAAACACAUUUAAUGCCAUCUCCUCCCUUUCGUCCUCCUGAAGAUCCCAUUCCAUUCCACUUUUUCUUCUUCAUCCCUCCUCUCCUCUCUCUGCUUCAGUGCUUCUCCAUAUUCGCCAAUGGAGAAGAGGGUCUCAGCUCUUGUUUUGAUUCCACUUCUAGCUGUAAUGGUGCGAAUGGAUCCGUCGUCAGCGACAUCCGAGUCGAAGGCAAACUUCGAGGACCAAUUCAACAUUAUGUGGUCGGAAGACCAUUUCAAGACCUCCGAGGACGGCCAGGUCUGGUACCUUUCCUUGGACAAAGAAACAGGAUGCGGGUUCCAGACGAAGCAGAGGUACCGAUUCGGGUGGUUCAGCAUGAAGUUGAAGCUCGUCGGUGGGGACUCUGCCGGUGUCGUCACGGCUUACUACAUGUGCUCGGAGAAUGGGGCAGGGCCAGAGAGGGAUGAAGUGGACAUUGAGUUCUUGGGGAACAGAUCGGGACAGCCCUAUCUCAUACAGACCAAUGUGUAUAAGAAUGGGACUGGCAACCGGGAGAUGAGGCACAUGCUCUGGUUCGACCCCACCAAGGACUUCCACACUUAUUCCAUCCUCUGGAAUAACCAACAGUUAGUGUUCUUUGUGGACAAAGUCCCGAUAAGGGUAUGCAAGAACAACGGGAAACCGAACAACUUCUUCCCCAAUGAGAAGCCCAUGUACCUUUUCUCGAGCAUCUGGAACGCUGACGACUGGGCCACCCGGGGCGGCCUGGAGAAGACCGACUGGAAGAAGGCUCCGUUCGUGUCUUCGUACAAGGACUUCAGCUUCGACGGGUGCCAGUGGGUCGACCCGUACCCAAAGUGCGUGUCCACGACCACCGAUAACUGGUGGGACCAGUACGACGCGUGGCACCUCUCAGAUUCGCAGAAGAAGGACUAUGCUUGGGUGCAAAGGAACCUCGUGAUAUAUGACUAUUGCAAGGACACGGAGAGGUUCCCCACUUUGCCUGAGGAGUGCUCACUCAGCCCUUGGGAUUAAAAUUUAAAUUAUUGCCGAAAUUCUUUAGAGGGGAAUUUCCUAUUUUUGAUAUUUUUGCACCAUGAGCAACUGUUGUAUUCCAUUAUGAGAAAUUAUUAAAUUUAUUAUAUUAUUUAUUUCCAUAUA